UCACUGGGUUAAAGCUGGCUGAAAGUCCAGAGGUAGCAUUAUUAUCAAUUUAUGAUGGGGUGGAAGGUUCGCAGGCUAUGAAGGACUUGCUCACAAAUUUAUUGACAGCUGAACGAAUUAUGAUAGCUAGGAAGUGGAAGGGGCAAGCAGAAUAUAAAAUGAGAAAAUGGUAUAAAGAGGUGUGGGAUAAAGCUAUUAAUGAUAAAUUAACAUGUGCCAUUAAGAAUAUGAUGUGGAAGGCUGCUAUAACUUGGACAAGCUGUGUUUUAAGCCAGCUGAUAUCCUUCACUCAGGAAAGGCUAUUUGCGGUGGAUAUGCUCGACUCUUUCAAGCAAUGUGCAGUAUUGCAGGGAUACAGUGCGAGUAUUUGAGAGGCAGCUGCAGCGUAACGGGGAAGAGCAACCAUGCCUGGAAUGCUGUCCGCAUUGGUGGAAGGUGGCAUCUCCUAGACUGCACCUGGGGAAGUGGCACUGUGGAUGCUGCUUUUAGCAAGUUCACUUUCAGUUACGAUGAGUUUUACUUCCUCACCCACCCCGCUCUGUUUAUUGAGAAGCACUUCCCUGAAGACCCCAAGUGGCAGCUUCUGAAACAGACGGUGACACUGGAGGAAUUUGAAGAUCAGCAGGAUCCUGACUUAAAUACAGAAGGACUGACCGUUGCUGUCAUAAGACUACCAACCACUGAAAAUGGGUACUAUGUGGUUUACUUCCUCAACCAUCCUGUUCUGAUUAUUAGAACUUCCCAGAGGAUCCCAAAUGGCAACUUCUGAAGCAGACAUCUGCACCUCCAGCAGCUUGAAUGUAAUCCAAAUUGAAUGUUAUUUGAUAUCGUUCAAGGAUAGUCACUUGUCUCUGGCAUCACUGCUAAACUGACCACAGUUUUGAUGCAUAGGGUUUUUAGCUUGACACAAAGUUCUAAAAAGUGAAAAUAUAUGUAUAAUACAUAUGACAUGAUACUUGUUUCUAUGAGCUCUGAAGCAUAUGCUAAAAUUGAUUGCAGUAUCUAUUUACAAAUUUACAGUAUAACAAAGAAAUUGGGGAGGUGUUCCAGGAUUUCUUUAUAAAGGCCAUAUCAAAAAAUGAGUAAAGUGGGAAACCCUAGAUUGAUUUUGAAAAGCAGAGAAUGAAAGGGUACAAUUAAUGUUUAGGCAUAAACUUGUUCAUAUAAAAAUGUGUUAAAAUACCCCCCCCCCCCAAAAUCAUUCAAUUUCCAGACUUUCAGAACUUAAAUCCUUUACAGUACAGCAACACAAAUCAUUAGCAUUUUAUCCACCAUAUUCUUGAGACACCCUAAUGUGGUCCUAUCCAUUUACUUAAAGUAGUAGCAGGUUUUUUUUAUAUAGCAAACAGUAAAUAAAAAGAGUACAAUCUAUAAAUUGGUGCAGACUUUUGGGGCUUGCCUUUGAUUUCCCAGUGUGUUUAUAAAUGCAAUAAAGUUU